CCAGACCGCCGCUGUUUUUUCACUACCACCGCUCAGUUUUUCUUUCUUUUUUAUAAUUCACCAACUAUAACAUUAAUCGUACACUCUCUGUAGCACUAUGACUUUAUUAUCAUUAUCAUGUUGACGUUGGACAGAUUACAUGGAGUGAAAAUCAUAAAAAAAUAAUAAUAAAAGAAGAAACAAACUUAAAAUUUUAUGUAUGAACAAAAAAUAUUGAAAAAUAAUUUCCAGGCAUGUUAAAAUGGCUCUGAUAGGAAAAUUGUGGACUUAUUUGUUAGCCAUGUCACUUCCAGCUGCUACAGAUCGUUGGAUUGCUCAGGCUGUUGUACUUAGGCGAACUGAAAACUCAACAACUCUUCCAACAAUUGUUGAGUCCAAGAUAACAGGCGAGGCAUCUCGUAUUAUAACAGCUAUUGCAGCAGACCAACGGUGCGCAGCCAAUAUACAACAAGCAUUGGCUGAAGUUAUGGAUUGGACAGGCAAUCGAAGACAUACUGGACAAGGUAGCAGCGCGGCAUCUGGGAUAUCAGCUAUGGAUCUUUCAGGUUAUGCUCUACACCAACGUUUGCGAUCUGCAGCUGGUGCUGAAAUGUAUGUUACUGGUUUAAGAGCGAAAGUUUUAGACAGUGGAGGCUUAUGGGCUCAAGUUGACCCGGCAGCUGGAUGCCGUUAUCGACCAGAUCUUGGAGUGCUAGAGGCCCGUAUGAGAUUUGGUAGACCUCUUCAAGUCAUAGGUACAGUACGCUUGGUUUAUCCAGAUGGCAGAAGAAUCGUUGGUUUUCCGGAUGGAACAACGCCUAGUUGUGAUAUGGCUGUACGGUUACGAUCGAAUGGUCGAAGAGUGGGACUAGGAUUUACGGCUGCUCCAGUGGGAUCUAUAGGUAAUCCUAACGGCAAUAAUCGCUUGGAAAGUGGAAAUACUGCAGGUACAAUAACUAUUCGAACUACAGCUACAUUUAUAGACAAUAUGGAAGACAACUACUCAAAUGACUUGGGAACUACCGGUUCAGAAGAUGGAUCAAGCAUGCCUAUGUUAAGUGUACAUGCAUACAACUGUAUAGGAAUGGGCCAUGGUAGUCGAGAACAAAUGCUUGCAUCAGCAACGGAUGAUAAUGAUCAGUUUGAACAGAUACUAAAUGGAAAUGAAGAACUUUUGUCAUCCGAAGAAGAAGAUGAUGGCCACUUCUUUGACACUGAUGGUGGACUAAAUAAUGGGGAAGACGAUCACUUUUCGUUCGAGUCAGACACCGGACGACGAACAGCUAUUAGUCAACAUAAACAGCAAAAAAAACAACAGCAACAACAACCGCAAUUAGAAAUUUUAUUGUCAACAGAACCUCCUCCAAAGAACCCAGCAGGAUUUAUUACAUCUAGUGAUAAUGGUUCGACAGAUCCGGAGCCUCGUUUGAGGCUAGUAAAAAUUAACGUUAAUAGACCAAAACCAUUGUCUCCUGUCCAUCAUUACUAUCAAGAACAUAAUGCACCAUUGCAAAAUCAUGACAAUAACCAAGCCUCUACCAUAUUUGACGAUAAAAUCAUGAUGGAAAUGGAAGAAACUUUUGUUAGAGGAGUUCGUCGACUUUUAGCCAGACAUUUAGAACGAGCUGUCCAACCAGCUCUUAGAGAUUCACUAAUGAGGCGCAUGGGAUAUGCGGCAUCGUAUGGGUGAUUAUAUGAUCAUAAACUAGUUUCUCUAUUCGAGAUGAGCGUGAAAUCAAACUUAAAUAUAAUGUCCUUUGUAGUAUAAAAAAGAAAAAUAGCAAAUAAAUAUCAUAUAUUCUGCGCUUUAUCAUAUUUUCAAAUUUGAUAUAUCCAAUGUUUGUUAUUUUCCAAUAAAACAAAAAAGAAAUUCAACAACGUGUUAUUUUUAAAAUGCACAUAACAGAACUUGCAAUAAAAUCUAUUCGUAAUAUUUUGGUAUACAUAAAAAAUAUUCUUUCCUAUACUUGUAAUA